GGCAGGUAAACUAGACUGAUUCUGAGAUGUGCUCUGAGCUGUUUCCCCAGGGGUCCCCAACCACAGGUUACCCAAAGCCUAAACCUGCUAUUAAUACACCUGCUGUGAAUGGCUAUCCUGGGCUACAGGGUGAGUGUGCCUCCAAACAAAAACCAAAUCCAAAUAAAAAAGGCUAGGUGUGGUGACUCAUGCCUGCUGUUCCAGCUUUCGGGAAGUGGAGGCAGGAGGAUCAGGACUUCAAGGUCAUCUUUGGCUACAUAGCUGGUUUGAGGCCAGCCUGUGCUACCUGAGACCUUCUCUUAAAAAAUAAAUGAAUAAAAAGAAAGAAAGACAGGCAGGAUAGAUAAAGAACUGAUCCUAGAGAUCAGCCAUCCAUCUGGUCCGUGGUCACAGCAUAGCCAGAUUUGACCUGAGGUCUCAGAUGAGGGGGGAAAGCGGAUCUAGAGAAAGGGACAGUGGCCCAUGUGGCAACUGGGUCCCCAUGGUAACUAGACCCCCACCCUGUGGCAUCUGUGAGGUCACCCUGCCUCUCCUGGCUGGAGGAAUGGAUGGAGGCCAGACAUGGAGGCCGCUCCCCAGGCCAGAUCCAGCCUCCUCAGAAUUCUGCUGCGGGUUGGGAAGCUCUCUGUGAUGCUGCUCCAGAACCGCACGCACUUGUACCGCUUCCUGCUCCUGAAGAUGGCUGUCUUUCAGCAGUGGGUGUCGGGGCUGGCCCAGGAGGCCCGGGGCUCCGGCCGUGACCAGACCCACCAGCUUCUGGGAGUCAUCAUAACCUGCAUCCUGAGCUUGGCCCUUCGAGCUGGACUGGCAUUGCUGUGGGCCCCGCUGUGGUUGCUGCUCUGCGGACCCAGGCUGGCAUACAAAGUCGGGCUGUGCUGCACUCAUACUGUGAGACUGGCCCUGGGGCACCUAGGUGCCUGGGAACCUCUGGGCCUGUCUGCAGCCACCACCUUCAGGGACCUGUUUAUCUCCUGUCUGCAUAGCCUGAUGCUGGUGGCCUUGCUGAUGCUGCUGUUGACCUGGAGGCUGGUACAGAAAGCUCAUCACUUCAGUCUGGGCUGGCUGCCCAGCCAGAAUUCUGUGUUGCUGGAAACCCUGGCACUCCUGAGACGCCUCUACCUAUGGGUGGAGCGCAUGACCACACUCACCUCCUGGAACCUGGCCUACCUUGUCACUUGGGUCACCUGCCUUGCUUCCCACCUGCUUCAGGCUGCCUUCGAACACACAGCCCAACUGGCCCAGGCUCAGGAAACCAAGUCCCAGGAGACCUCAGGGCCCCCCUCGCCUCAGUUCUUAAUUCCAGAAUCCACCACUGAGGCUGGGCCCCUCCCAUCCCAGCCUGAAACUCCCGGAGAAUAAAUGUGUCCCCCACCUGC